CGGCCACACCCUUUUCGCCUCUGGGCACAUUGUUCGCCUUUCGCACGCUUUUUUUACAGCGAUUUUGCGUGUAAAUUUCAUCGUUAAAACGUAGAAAAACAGCAGAAACCAUGGCGCAGUUCGACCUGACACGCAUCAACUGUCAAUAUCUGGACAGGCAUCUCACUUUCCCGCUGCUGGAGUUCUUGUGCGGCAAGGAGAUCUACAACCAACAGGAGCUGCUGGAGUACAUCCUGGAGACGGUGAACAAGACCAACAUGAUUGAUUACACCAUGGAUACGAGGAAGCGUCUCAAUCUCAGCCAGGAGAUGCCCGAGGAGCUGGUGCAGCGCAAGGCGGAGGUCCUGGCCACACUGAAGCAGCUCCAAAACGAAGUGGCACCCAUCAUGAAGGCCACCGACAUCCUCAAAAACGGCGAGAGCAUGAAGGACUCCAAGACUUUCGUCAAUGCCCUGCAAAAGGAUUACAACUUCAAGGUGGAGCAUCUGGAGAGCGCCUACAAGUUGGCCAAGUAUCUGUACGAGUGCGGCAACUACCAAGAAUCCACUUCCUACCUCUACUUCUGCCUGAUUGUCAUGUCGCCCAACGACAAGAACUACCUGAACGUAUUGUGGGGUAAGCUCGCUGCUGAAAUCCUGACCCUUAACUGGAACACCGCUCUGGAGGAUCUGACGCGCCUGCGUGACUACAUCGACAGCGCCAACUUUAGCACAAUUCAGGCCCUGCAGCAGCGCACCUGGCUUAUCCACUGGUCCGUGCUGGUGUUCUUCAAUCACCCCAAGGGACGCGACCUCAUCAUCGAGAUGUUCCUGUACAAGCCCCUGUACUUGAAUGCCAUCCAGACCAUGUGCCCACACAUUAUGCGCUACCUGGCCACCGCCGUGGUGAUCAACCGCACGCGUCGCAAUGCUCUGAAGGAUCUGAUCAAGGUGAUCCAGCAGGAGUCCUACACUUACCGUGACCCCAUCACCGAAUUCCUGGAGUGCCUGUACGUCAACUUUGACUUUGAAGGCGCGCGUCUGAAGCUGCAUGAGUGCCAGACCGUGAUCCUGAACGACUUCUUCAUCGUUGCCUGCUUGAACGAAUUCGUGGAGGAUGCCCGUUUGAUGAUCUUCGAGACCUUCUGCCGCAUCCACCAGUGCAUCACCAUCAGUAUGCUGGCUGACAAGCUGAACAUGAAGCCCAAUGAGGCCGAGUGCUGGAUCGUCAAUCUGAUCCGUAAUGCCCGUCUAAACGCCAAGAUUGAUUCGAAACUGGGUCAUGUGGUGAUGGGAACGCAGCCACUGAGUCCUUACCAGCAGCUGGUGGAGAAGAUCGACUCGUUGUCGAUGCGGUCGGAGCAUUUAGCCGGUUUGAUUGAGCGCAAGAGCAAGCAGAAGAACCAGGAAUCGAUCGACUCUUGGAAAUACUACUAGGCGUUUGUCUGGCCCUCUAUCCACACCACUAAAUUAAGACACUUUGUACCCACAUUCAAUACCCGAUGAUUGCGCGCAAUCGAGCGAAUAAACCAACACCACUGUUCGCUCUA